GAAAUGAAGGGUAAAAGGCCUUGCUAUAACCCAUUAGACAGCGCUGCCUUCAAGCAGGCCCAGGCUGCUACAGCACUGGCUAGCGACGUCAAAUAUAGGAAGGACAAGCAGAGUAUACAUGAUCCUUCAGUAGACCUUCCAAACCUGCUUCAUUUGGAACAUGCCCUGAAGACCAGCAAGAUGCAGAGCAAUAAAACCUACAAGAAACAGUUUGAAGAAAACAAGGGGAACUACCAUUUUGCUUUAGGAACAGCAGAGCAAAUUCAUCAUAAAGAAAGUGCUGUGCUCCAGAGCCAGGUAAAAUAUAAGGAAAAGUAUGAAAAAUCAAAGGGUAAAUCCAUGCUGGAGUUUGUUGACACCCCAUCGUAUUACGUCUCCAAGGAGGCUCAGAAAAUUCAAAGUGAGAAAUUAUAUCGGAAAGAUUUUGAGGAAGCU